AUCCGAAAGGGCUUAUAAGGUGGAUGAACAAAAGUGUCUUUGACAAAUCAAAUACUUUCCCUUCACUAAUUCCUUGUUCUUCUCUCACUGUUUUAUAGCUUAGUGUUCCAGAUUUGUUCAUAAUCCAUACUGUUGUACUUGUUGGUUCUUAAAUUAUGAAGAGAAGUUACUCUGAAUCUCCAUCUUCGAGUUCUUAUGGACCUCCACAAUCCAAAUUUAAGCAUAACCCAGAAGGCGACACUCAUUUUCUGGAAGAUGAGAGUACAAAAAUCUUUGCCAGGAAGGUGGCUGAUCAUUACAGUGCGAGGACCAAUCAAACUCUUGAAGAGCGCGAAGCAAGUCCUAUCAUCCAUUUAAAGAAACUUAAUAAUUGGAUCAAGAGUGUCUUGAUUCAGCUUUAUACGAAAAGAGGGGAUGCAGUUCUUGAUCUUGCUUGUGGGAAGGGUGGUGAUCUCAUCAAAUGGGAUAAAGCAAAGAUUGGAUAUUACGUUGGUAUUGAUAUUGCCGAUGGUUCAAUAGAAGACUGCCGGACCCGUUACAAUGGUGAGGCAGAUCACCAUCAGCGACGCAAAAAGUUCUCAUUUCCUGCCAGACUCCUGUGUGGAGAUUGUUAUGAGGUUCGUUUGGAUAGGGUUUUAGCAGAUGAUGCACCUUUUGAUGUUUGUAGCUGUCAGUUUGCUAUGCAUUAUUCGUGGUCUACUGAGGCACGUGCACGACGUGCGCUGGCCAAUAUUUCAGCUUUACUCCGACCUGGAGGAAUAUUUAUUGGAACAAUGCCAGAUGCCAAUGUCAUUGUCAAGAAGUAUAGAGAAGGUUUAACUUUUGCUCAAUUCUGCCCUGCUUGUCCCUGUUGAAUCUAUAAAUGUGAUGACUCUGAUGUCUUUGUGAUAUAUCCUUACUCUCAUCACUAGCUUUUCAGUUAAAAGGUCAAGGAGCUGAAGUGCAACUAGAAAA